AUGGAAGCUGAGAACCACACAGUCCUGUCACAGUUCCUCCUCCUGGGCCUCUCAGAUGAUCCCAAACUGCAGCCCAUCCUCUUUGGGAUUUUCCUGUCCAUGUACCUGGUCACAGUGCUUGGGAAUCUGCUCAUCACCCUGGCUGUCAGCUCUGACCCCCACCUCCACACCCCCAUGUACUUCUUCCUCUCCAACCUGAGCUUGGCUGACAUCUGCUUUAUCUCCACCACGGUCCCCAAGAUGCUGGUGAACAUCCAGGCACAUAGCAAUGACAUCUCCUACACAGAGUGCAUGACUCAAGUGUAUUUUUUCCUUAUGUUUCUUGGAGUGGAUAAUUUUCUGCUGACGGCGAUGGCCUAUGACCGCUUUGUGGCCAUCUGCCACCCCCUGAACUACACAGUCAUCAUGAACCCUUGGCUCUGUGUUCUCCUGGUUCUGACAUCUUGGCUCAUCAUGUUCUGGGUCUCCCUGAUUCAGAUUCUACUGGUGAAAAGACUGACCUUCUCUAUGGGCACUGAAAUCCCACAUUUCUUCUGUGAASUGGCUCAGCUUCUCAAGGUGGCCAGCUCUGAYACCCUCGUCAAUAUCAUCUUUUUGUAUGUGUCAACUGCUUUGCUGGGCAUGAUUCCUAUGACAGGGAUCCUCUUCUCCUACUCUCAGAUUGUCUCUUCCUUAUUGAAGAUGUCCUCCAUUGAGAGCAAGUACAAAGCAUUCUCCACCUGUGGGUCUCACCUCUGUGUGGUCUCCUUAUUCUAUGGAACAGCACUUGGGGUUUACCUCAGCUCUGCUGAGACCCAUUCUCCACAGGGAAGCACAGUUGCCUCAGUGAUGUACACUGUGGUCACCCCCAUGCUGAACCCCUUCAUCUACAGCCUGAGGAACAAGGAUGUGAAGGGGGCCCUGGGGAGACUCCUCAUCAGAGCAGCCUCUGAUCCUUAA